AUGGUCCAAAAUGUAAGACUUGUAGGCGGCAGUGGUCCAUAUGAAGGAACCAUAGAAUUGAAUAUAAAUGGUGUAUGGGGUACAGUGUGUGAUGACGAUUUUGAUAUAAAUGAUGGAAAUGUUAUAUGUCGUAUGGCAGGAUAUCCAAGUGCGUUGCAGGUAUUUCAGCAGUCUCAUUUCGGACAGGGAAAUGGUUCUAUUAUGUUGAGUCGUUUACAUUGCACUGGUCAUGAGAAGAGUGUUGACAACUGUGGAUCAGAAGGGUGGUACAAACAUAACUGUGAUCAUAGAGAGGAUGCCGGGGUAGCCUGCUUAGGAAAUCAAAGGGAAGGAACAGUACAAGAUGUAAGACUUGUAGGAGGCAAUGGACCAUAUGAAGGAACCAUAGAAUUGAAUAUAAAUGGUGUAUGGGGUACAGUGUGUGACGACGAUUUUGAUAUAAAUGAUGGAAAUGUUAUAUGUCGUAUGGCAGGAUAUCCAAGAGAAUACAGCAUUACAUUGUAUUUUACAGGAAGUAACAGAAGCCAUAUAGUAGAAGGCGUAAAAUUUGUCGGAGGUGCCUGGCCAUGGGAAGGACGUGUUGAAUUAUUGGUGAAUGGAAAAUGGGGUACUAUAUGCAAUGACAAUUUCGACGUAAAUGAUGCUAAAGUAAUUUGUACUAUGGCAGGAUAUUCACCUACAGGGUAUUAA